CAUUUAUAGUCCAGACUCCUCACUUUGCUUAGAGUAUCAGGAAAAACAAAAACUAAGAAGAAACUCUCUUUCUCUCUCCAAAACGCAUUUAGGCAAGCUUGUUUUCUUUUUCUCUCUAGAAGAAGAUAAAAAAAAUGAGAGCGAGCAACCACCUGAUUGGGCUGGUCAACUUCUUGACCUUCCUGCUCUCGAUCCCAAUCUUGGGCGGGGGAAUCUGGCUAAGCAGCCGAGCCAACAACACCGACUGCCUGAAGUUCCUACAGUGGCCGAUCAUAGUGAUCGGCGCUGCCGUUAUGGUGGUGUCACUCGCGGGAUUCGCCGGCGCGUGUUACCGGAACACGUUCCUGAUGUGGCUUUACCUAUUCGUGAUGUUCUUCGUGGUGGCAGCCUUGCUUUGCUUCAUAAUAUUCGCCUACGCCGUGACUGACAAGGGAGCGGGUCGGCCGGUGAUGAACCGAGCUUACUUGGAUUAUUACUUGCAGGACUACUCGGGCUGGCUGGAGGAGCGCGUAGCGGAUAAUAGUUACUGGCUUAAGAUCGCUUCUUGUGUUAGAGACUCCAAGGCUUGUGGUGCUAAGUUUGGAAGGUUCGUCAAUGGCGUCCCUGAGACUGCUGAUAUGUUUUACAAUAGGAAGCUUAAUCCCAUCGAGUCCGGGUGCUGCAAGCCCCCUACAGAAUGUGGCUACAGCUACGUAAAUGAGACAAUAUGGACGCCAGGAGGAGGAUUGGCGGGGACUAGUGCCGACUGCACCAGAUGGAGCAAUGAUCAAGCUCAACUUUGCUUUGGUUGUGACUCUUGCAAAGCUGGUGUCCUCGGCAGCAUCAAGAAGAGCUGGAGGAAAGUCUCUGUCAUUAACAUUGUGGUGCUUAUUCUCCUAGUCAUCUUUUAUGUCAUUGGCUGUGCAGCUUUCCGGAACAAUCGCCGUAUAGACAAUGAAGAAUCCACCGGCGAAACUCGUAUGACAAAAGCACAACCUAGUAGGAUUCAUUUUUAACUUUGUGACUGAAAAAGAAUGAUGUUUGGGAACUUUUGUCUAAUCCGUACCAGGUUUUGGCAAUCAAUUUAUAGGGGUGGUAUGAUGUAAUGUUAUGUAACGAUCAUGUCAAUGACUUGAAAUCUAAACCGUUGUUUUAGUUUGUCUUCUUUUUUACAUUAUUGGUCAUUACAUGAUUUUCCAGUCUUGUCUGUAUAGCUAUGUAUGUUGUACAAGUUACAUUUGGAUAACUAAAGAUUUGGAAAUGUCAAUUAGUGUUUUGAAAA